AGUGCACAAAUUGUAUCUUGCGUAGCUUGCGACAGAAUUCACGCUUGGAUUGUGAACGAACAUUGAAUUCCGAAAUGUACUCAUAAAGUCGUUGCGUGGUUACUAAUAAAUACGAUUCCUGGGCAUAUCAAAUGAAAUAAUCAACAAGUUGUGACGCCACACACGUGUGAUAAAAGUCAACCUGUGCCUGCUUUCCAUUCUGCAUAAUUUAUCAACGCUUGCUAUGUACCAUUGUACAGCACUUGCAAGGCUGUUACUAUUUUUUGUUUUUCUUUUGACAAGUUAAUUUGAUACAAAGAUCAGAAUGUAUAAUGUAUAAGCACUUGAAUAAUAUCUAAAAAUCAUGGAGAAACUACGCAACAAUAACACUGCCAACGCACAGCCGGCAGAGCAACAACAACAUCAUCAUCACCACCACCAUCAUCACCAUCACCAUCAACACCAACAACAGCUACAGCUCGACCAAUACCCAAAGAAUCCAAUUGAACAAUAUCUUCGCGCCUCAACAAAAAUAAAGAAAAUCGAACGUGUAGUAUUCUUCAAGCGCUUUGCACCAAACGUGGCCGAUGUCCAGGCAGACUUCCAGCGUUUGGCCUACAACUUCGAGGAGUCGGGUAUCAUGCAAUAUGCGGCCAUGUGUCACAUUGGCUAUGCCAAAUGUGAGUCAUACGGCGGAUCACCUCAGCGCGAGGCUGAGGCAUAUGUACGUGCCGCACGUGCCUUUCUCUUAGCACACAACGAAUUCCGGCAGCUGCACCUGCGAAGCGGUCAGAAUGGUUUCCGCGAGGGCGCGCUCCAUUGCUACAACAAGGCAGCCGAGCAUGUGGCCGACAGUGGAGUCUUCAAAGCAGGAGUGCUGCGCGAGCUGAAGCAUCUCAAACGCAAAUUGGAACGCACAAGCAGCUUUGCCUCGCCUACUCAUCAGAUCAACGAUCUGGAGAUUAGCGCCGAGAUGAGUAUGCAGCGUGAGGACUACCGCGGCGCUUUGCUUCACUUGGAUGACAUUGUGGACAACAUCUAUGAGCGGCGCAAGGCCUCGAUGUACGGCGAACUGUUGCGACGCGUCGAAGUGCUGCGUCUUCUAUUGCUAGUCCAUCUCAACUUGCCGCCAGCACGCCAAUCCCCCGCACACAUCAAACUGAUUGAAUACUACUACACACUCGCCCAGUAUGAGACUCCAUCGCAGCUGAUUCACGCCGCCAAUCAGCCGACUGAGCGUGCCGGCGCCUCGGUGCCAAUACAGCAACAGUAUGGCCUGGCGGAGAUCGUCUGUGCCUGGGUCGAGCGAAACAUGUGUGAUCUCAAGCAUCUGCUGCGUGACUUUGGCGCCGACAACAUUUCGAUUAGUCAACAGGAGCGCCAGCUCCUUAAGACUAUUUAUUCCGAGCUAUCAAAGAUCUACUAGACCUACCUACCUUUUUCCUACAUUCCUUCGUUCAUCCGUUCAUUAUCCUUUCUCUUCCUGCCAGCACACGGACAAAAGCAGCGACAGCUGGUGCAUUUAUCUCUUCCGUAUUAUCAGCUGUUCGAUCUUAUUUGCACAUCACAUUUUACAUUCUUAACUUUUCCAGUUCCUCUUAGCCGUUCCAGAACCGCACUAGUUCGAUUUGUUAAGGAUCAGCGAGAGCAGCGAGAUGUACUAAACAAUAGAUUUUCAGUUGCGAAUUGUUAAAGAUCGUUUGUGUUUGAGCAGCCUCCCCUCAAAUCUCACCUCACAUCACUUCAUCUUUUAUUACCCAUACACUUAGCUAUCAGUCAACUCCAACGUUCAACGCCUGGAGCGAACGACGACACACACACUCUCACACACACACAAACAAAUUUGUAACAUACGAAACGAACAGAAAAAUGCAAGUGCAAAUUUAUAAUAUAUAUGUGUGUAUAUGCAUAUAUAUGAAUGUGAAUAUAGAUGUAUCAAAAUAUGUAUGUAUGUAUAUUAAUAUAAAUAUAUAGUGUGUAGCAUAUGCAAUAUCGAGAGUCUACCAAUAAAACUUGUCAACGUGCCUACACGAAUAACGCGAACGUAUAAACGAUAUUAGCUUAUAGUAGUAAUAUAAUAAAUUAAUUGUAAUAUGCAUAAAAACAAAUAACUAUGUAUACAACUCUCGAGUACAAUAAAGCGAAAGAAAACAGAA